AUGGAGGAGAGGAAACAGGCCGCGUUCCGGCCGGCCAAGAGGCCUGGCGACGACACCGAGCAGUCUGGCGGUACCGUGUUCGGCACGCUGCUGGGGGACGGGCGCUGGGAGAGCUGCGCCGCGUGUCUGCACGCCUGGAACAACUGGGCGCGGCGCCUGCGCUUCGAGCGGAAUCGCGACUCCAUGAGGGCAGCCCUCGCCUGGGAUGACCCCGACCGAGCUGCUGCUGCACCUUGA